AUGGAAACGGAGAUGAAUGACUUGUUUAACGACCGACCGGAAGGUAGUGAUGAAGCCGAAGCUGAAACGUCAUUCAUUAAAGACGAUGACGAUGAGAAUUUUAACGAUCUUCUAAACAGCCUAGAUCAAAACUCAGACGAUGUGAAGACGUCUAGUUUCUAUGAGGAGAAUAAGAACAGCAGGUAUGGAGGAAUAAGAAAACGGAUUAAUGAACCACGUCUAAUUGGAAAAUAUAUUGACAUAGAGGGAGAGUUUGCCAGAAAGGUGUUGGGUAGUGAAUACCAGUUAAAUCCAACCGAUGGACAAAACUCCAGGGAAUUUAUUUCCCGUUUGGACAUAGACGAACACAGACUAACAUUUGACGGAACCGUUGUGGGAUUCAUCGACACAUCCGGAACGUUUAAAGUGUCUACAAACCGGAAGCCGGUGAAUAAAGUAACUAAUUUCAGAAACCUGUACGAAAAAGCGCUGAAGGAGCAUAAGGAGAAAAUCUGGAGUGUGGUGGAGGAGGAAACUGGCGGAGACAUGCUGGAGGAGAGCGGGGAGGACAUUUUCGAAGACACCAUGGAGGAAUUUCACCAGGACGUUGUCAAUGCAAACGAUGACCUUACCGAUCAAGCAAAAGGUCUGGAAGGUGAAGGAAAAAUAACCGAACAGGAAAGAAGGGAAUUUUCAGGAAUAACUGCUCCUAAAAGACCACCGGGGGAAAGGAUCAGACACAUAGAUAUUGUGAUGGAAGAAUGGAAAAGUAACCUCGAAAAAGAAACCGACGACGAUAGACGACAGAUUACACAGAGGGCGGUGGACGUUGCCGAACAGGCCAUCGACGAUGCAAGGCUGGAAAUGGGACAGGCGCCUAGGUCGGACGAGGGAAAACACAGGUACAGGGAAAUAGUAAUGGACAACAUCCGAACAAAAUUCGAGAGAUUCCGCGUGUGGGCAAUUAAGAAAACAUGGGGGCGUUCAGCCAUUGCCAUCUCCAUUGCCGGAAUUAUUACGACUGUUGUGGUGGCUCGAAAGAAGACCAUCACAGGAAUAGUCAACGGACUUGGAGCCACCGGAAAAGUGUUGGCAAAGUUUGCAAAAUCUGCUCUACCGAUCCUGGUACCUAUUUUAAAUAUAUUAAGUACAAUCCUUAGUUGGGGAGCAGAGGGACUUGCCUUCCUCGCCCAGAAUUUGUGGAUGGUGGCAAUCGUGAUUACCGGAGCUAUAUUCCAGGGACGUGCUGGCGUCUUAAAAAGGACAACAAAUGAGCAACGUCUGAUGGGGCCCAGGCGCAGUGAAGGAUGGCUCAACAUUAAUUUUUCCCCCAAAAAAUUGUUGGGGGGGGGAGGGACAUUGUUGGGGGCGGAAAUAUCGUAAUUUGUCCGGAAAUACUAAAAUUUUUCCGGGCAUUUCGUAAUUUUCCGUCCCACAUACUAUUUUCGUAAAUUUUGAUUUUUUCAAUAUAAAUUGUAAUAUCUUAAUAUUGAUUUUGAAAAUUUAAAUCUAUAUUUUUUAUCUUUUCCAAUGUUUUAAUUUUAGGGGCCAAUGAUGACAGGUGCCCACAACGAGUUCUCGUUGGCUCGUCCCUAGCCAGCACGUCCCUGCUAUAUUCAGGUAUUUGCAAAAUAGACGUAAAAAAUAAAUCUCUUUUUGUACUAUAAUAAAACAUAAUGAACCGAUCGGCUGAACUUAUGCCCGAUUUCCGACGUAUGAACAAGGCAGAAAUCACCGGAGAUAGGACCUGACACGUCCUAACCUUCAACCAAAACUCUGCCAGACCUGGAGAAGAAAUUUAUGUUAAUAUUCCAAAACUAAAAGCCGACUCCGUUCUCGUACCGGACAGUAUGGCUUUGGUUUUCGACUUUAAGAACAAAAGUUCUGGUUCAGAAAUAACCUGGGAAAACAGCUCCAAAGGAGAUUGGAAAUUAGUAUCGCAGGAAAAAAAGUCUACGAUAACAGUGGAGAAAGCCUUCUGGAAGUCUACAAGGAUCUGUAGUUACACAGGAAACAGCGUGACGACAUGGUGGAGGAUGGCAUCGCUAGCGAAGCCACGAGGAAAAAAUAUCCAAGGAUGA